AAUAGACUAGGGUUUUUGCAGGCGUUGAUGGUAUAAAAACGAGUCCUUAUCUCAUCGUUUCGUUUAGGUCUGAAGGUUCCACUGUGUCCCAAACCACUGAGCUCAUACCAACACAAAGAUGAAUCGGGAAAAAUUGAUGAAGAUGGCCGGUUCAGUUCGAACUGGUGGAAAGGGUACAGUGAGAAGAAAGAAGAAGGCUGUUCACAAGACAACAACCACCGAUGAUAAAAGGCUACAGAGCACCCUGAAGAGAAUAGGGGUGAAUGCCAUCCCCGCAAUUGAGGAGGUCAACAUCUUCAAGGAUGAUGUAGUUAUCCAGUUUCUAAACCCCAAAGUUCAAGCAUCUAUUGCUGCUAAUACUUGGGUUGUUAGUGGUGCACCUCAAACAAAGAAGUUGCAGGAUAUACUCCCCAGUAUCAUCCACCAAUUAGGACCAGAUAAUUUGGAAAACCUGAAAAAGCUAGCUGAACAGUUUCAGAAGCAGGCUCCUGAAGCAGGUGCUGCCGAUUCAACCGCAGCACAAGAGGAGAAUGAUGAUGACGUCCCAGAGCUUGUUCCAGGGGAGACUUUUGAGACAGUUGCUGAGGAGGAGACCAAGGCUACUUCUUAGAGUUUUAUUGUGCCAUUUAUAUAUCCUGUUUUUUUUUCGAAAAAAUUCUUCAUUUUGAAAUUUUAAGUAUUUCAGGUGGUGUUCAGUUCUCCUGUCAUAUCCUUUAGACUGUGCAAACUCUCUUCAAAUCAGCUUUCCUUAAGAAAAAUGUUCCAUUUUUUCAA